GUUAUUCAAUCUGACUUAUGCUAUAUACCUUAUGAUCAAAUUGGAAACAAAAUUUAUAAAUUUGCACUUAAUUGUGUAGAUAUUGCUACUCAUACAAAAUGGACCUAUCCUUUAACUAACUGUGAUUCUGCUAGUGUUGCUAUAGGCUUUGAAAAACUUUUUAACUCCCAAAAAUAUCCGCUUACUUGGCCUAAAAAAGAUCUUAUGGUAGACGGGGGUGUUAAAUUUCGGGGUGAUAUUAUUAGAUUAAUAAAUAAAUAUGAUAUCAAUAUUCUAAUAGCUAAUUCUAAAGAAAGUAUAGGUAUUGUUGAAAAGUUUAAUAAGAUAUUACAAGAAUAG